AUGGCCUCUAGUACACUUUACUACCCAGUCGGGUACCAAAAUUCCACCGAAUACGGUACAACGCCUGAUGGUAAUGUUACUUUAACUUACACCGCUGGAGGAAGAACUGCUAUCGUAACGCUACUUUGCGAUGAAAGCGUCAAUAUAGCUUCUAUCCUAACGGUUGGAGAAUUUCAAGAUCACAAAGAACAUUAUUAUUUUUAUCUCACUCACCGAUGCGCUUGUCCUGGCGCAUGUGUACCUCCUGGCCUUGGGGGAUUAAGCACUGGUAGCGUUCUCGUGAUCAUAUUCUUCGUCGUUGUAAUAGUAUACUUCCUCGGUGGAAUGAUGUUUCUGAAAUUUGUAGGACAUAAAGAAGGCCUUGAUAUCAUCCCUAAUCGUUCUUUCUGGAGCAGUUUACCCGGUCUUAUUAAGGACGGAAUAGUAUAUUUCUAUAACAGCAUCCUCUGCUGGAGGUCAGAUUACGAGAAAUUCUAGGGCUGUGUAACGUUUCAUGAAUUGUCCAGCUCAUUUUGUCUAAUGAAGGAAAACGUUUUGUAACUACAACUAGCUGAUGUUGGAGGCUGUUGUCUAAUUGGCAGAAUGUAAGUACUCUAUACGCGUACGCAUAUAGGUCGUUGUCUAGUGG